AUGACCAUUUUGUCCAAGAUCGCGAAGUUGAAUGUCCUAUAUAGAAUUCGAAUGUUAGGAUUAGGCGUGCCUCGACUUCGCACACGACCCUCGUUGCUGGAUCUGAUUGUCAGUCAAAAGGCUGCAGUGUGGUCGGAAGUUGGUUCGAGGUCGUCAUCACCGCCUGAGCUAGAAGGCCAAAACCAGCAGUUGGAACUGCCACCGCUCCCCGUGUCGCCCACUUCAUCAUCCUGCAGCGACAACAGCCUCUCCUCCCCUCUUUCUCCCAUCCACCACCGCCGCCCCUCUUCCUCCACUCUCUCCAUCCACGACCGUACUUCACACACUAUGGCCCCCUCCGCUGAUGAUGGCGAGAACCAGCAUGGUUCCGUCUUCUCCGUCUCCGGACCCGUCGUCGUGGCCGAGCAUAUGAUCGGUUGUGCUAUGUACGAGUUGUGUCGAGUCGGUCAUGAUCUGCUUGUUGGAGAAGUCAUUCGUAUCGAUGGAGAUAAGGCCACCAUUCAGGUCUACGAGGAAACUGCUGGCUUGACGGUUGGCGACCCCGUCCAGCGUACAGGAAAGCCUCUUUCGGUUGAGCUCGGUCCCGGUCUGAUGGAAACGAUUUACGAUGGUAUUCAGCGCCCCCUGAAGGAUAUCUCCGAACAGUCCGAGGGCAUCUACAUUCCCCGUGGUAUUGCAGUCAAUGCCUUGGAUCGUAAGAGAAAAUGGGACUUCAAGCCUGGGAAAUACAAGGUCGGCGAUCACAUAACUGGCGGUGACAUCUGGGGUACCGUUUUCGAGAACAGCUUGGUGAACGACCACAAGAUCAUUCUUCCUCCCCGCGCGAGGGGUACUAUCACCAGAAUCGCCGAAGCUGGUAGUUACACGGUUGAGGAGAAACUUCUUGAAAUCGAGUUCAAUGGUGUGAAGACCGAGCACAGUAUGAUGCACACCUGGCCCGUCCGUGUGCCCAGACCUGUGAACGAGAAGCUGGCCUCUGACUCUCCGUUCAUUGUCGGCCAAAGAGUCUUGGAUUCUCUUUUCCCCAGUGUCCAGGGUGGUACCGUCUGUAUUCCCGGCGCCUUCGGAUGCGGUAAGACUGUUAUUUCUCAGAGUGUGUCCAAGUUCUCCAACAGUGAUAUCAUUGUCUAUGUCGGUUGCGGUGAGCGCGGUAAUGAGAUGGCUGAAGUGUUGAUGGAUUUCCCCGAGCUUUCCAUCGACAUUGACGGCCGCAAGGAGCCUAUCAUGAAGCGUACCUGCUUGAUUGCCAACACCUCCAACAUGCCUGUCGCCGCCCGUGAAGCCUCUAUCUAUACCGGUAUUACGAUCGCCGAAUACUUCCGUGACCAAGGAAAGGACGUGGCUAUGAUGGCGGAUUCCAGUUCUCGUUGGGCCGAGGCUCUCCGUGAAAUCUCCGGUCGGUUGGGAGAGAUGCCUGCUGAUCAGGGUUUCCCCGCCUACCUGGGUGCUAAGCUUGCCUCCUUCUAUGAGCGUGCCGGAAGGAGUAUCGCUCUCGGAAGCCCCGAGAGAACCGGCAGUGUCAGUAUUGUCGGUGCCGUCAGCCCUCCAGGUGGUGAUUUCUCGGACCCUGUUACCAGCAGCACUCUCGGUAUCGUCCAGGUCUUCUGGGGUCUGGACAAGAAGCUGGCUCAGCGCAAGCACUUCCCUUCGAUCAAUACGUCGAUCUCCUACAGCAAGUAUACCACGGUUCUGGACCGCUACUACGAGAAGCACCACCCCGAGUUCCCUCGUCUGCGUGACCAGAUUCGGGAGCUUUUGACCAAGUCAGAAGAUUUGGACCAGGUGGUGCAGUUGGUCGGUAAGGCGGCAUUGGGUGACUCGGAUAAGAUCACCCUGGAUGUGGCUGCCAUGGUCAAGGAUGACUUCCUGCAACAGAACGGCUACAGUGACUACGAUCAGUUCUGUCCUCUGUGGAAGACUGAGUACAUGAUGAAGGCUUUCAUGGGCUACCAUGAUGAAGCGCAGAAGGCCGUUGCCCAAGGUCAGAAUUGGGCCAAGGUUCGCGACGCCACGGGUGAUAUUCAGACCGCUCUGCGGAACAUGAAGUUCGAAGUGCCAGACAACGAGGCGGAGGUGUCUAACAAGCUUCCUUUUUUUGUAAUUUGGAGCGAUUCCCUAAUCAUCAUUGCCAGCCAUGGCAAGCCCAACUGGCUUCUCGUGCGCAAUUUCCCCUCCCCCUUGGGCCCUCGUGCCCUCAAUGCUAGGAUCAAUGUCAACGAUCCCAGCUUGAUCUCCCUGGUCAACAAGCUGCAGGAUGUCUUCGCUACCGUCGGAGUUCACAACCCCAUCGACCUGCCUCAAAUCGCCGUCGUCGGCUCGCAGUCUAGCGGAAAGAGUUCCGUCUUGGAGAAUAUUGUUGGCCGCGAUUUCCUCCCCCGUGGUUCCGGAAUUGUCACUCGCAGACCCCUCAUUCUGCAGCUGAUCAACAAGCCCGCUGCACAGACCAACGGUGUGAAGGAAGAAGAGUUGGAAGGCACGGACAAGGAGGCAAAUGUGGACGAGUACGGCGAGUUCCUGCACAUUCCCGGCCAAAAGUUCUACGACUUCAACAAGAUCCGCGAUGAAAUCGUGCGCGAAACCGAACAGAAAGUUGGCCGCAACGCCGGCAUCUCGCCCGCCCCGAUCAACCUCCGUAUCUACUCGCCCAAUGUCCUGACGCUGACGCUGGUUGACUUGCCCGGUUUGACCAAGGUGCCAGUGGGUGAUCAGCCCAAGGACAUUGAAAAACAGAUUCGGGACAUGGUCAUGAAGUAUAUCAGCAAGCCCAACGCUAUUAUCCUUGCUGUCACUUCCGCUAACCAGGAUUUGGCCAACUCGGAUGGCUUGAAGCUGGCGCGCGAGGUGGAUCCCGAGGGUCAGCGUACCAUCGGUGUGUUGACCAAGGUGGAUCUGAUGGACGAGGGCACCGACGUCGUGGAUAUUCUUGCGGGCAGGAUUAUCCCCUUGCGCCUGGGUUAUGUGCCGGUGGUCAACCGUGGUCAGCGCGAUAUUGAGAACAAGAAGCCCAUUGCUUAUGCGCUGGAGAACGAGAAGAACUUUUUCGAGAACCACAAGGCUUAUCGCAACAAGUCGUCAUACUGUGGAACACCUUAUCUUGCUAGGAAGUUGAACUUGAUCCUCAUGAUGCACAUCAAGCAAACGCUUCCCGACAUCAAGGCCCGCAUCUCGUCCUCUCUCCAGAAAUACUCUUCCGAACUAUCGCAGCUUGGCGACUCGAUGCUCGGCAACAGCGCUAACAUAAUACUGAACAUCAUCACCGAGUUCAGCAAUGAGUACCGUACUGUGCUGGAGGGUAACAACACCGAACUUUCGAGUAUUGAGUUGUCCGGAGGUGCCCGUAUCAGCUUCGUGUUCCACGAGCUCUACUCGAACGGUGUCAAGGCAGUCGAUCCUUUUGAUCAGGUGAAGGACAUUGAUAUCCGCACUAUCCUCUACAACUCCUCCGGAUCGUCACCAGCCCUCUUCGUUGGCACGACCGCUUUCGAGCUGAUUGUGAAGCAACAGAUCAAGCGACUGGAGGAUCCCAGCUUGAAGUGUAUCUCUCUGGUCUACGAUGAACUCGUCCGCAUUCUUGGUCAGCUCUUGAACAAGCAGCUCUUCCGGAGGUAUCCUAUGCUGAAGGAGAAGUUCCAUGCUGUGGUCAUUGGAUUCUUCAAGAAGUGCAUGGAGCCGACCAACAAAUUGGUUCGGGAUCUUAUUGCCAUGGAGACGGUGUACAUCAAUACUGGACACCCUGACUUCCUUAACGGACACCGCGCUAUGGCUAUCGUCAACGAACGCCAACUUGGAAGCAAGCCUACGCAAGUAGAUCCGAAGACCGGCAAGCCCCUCCCUCCGCGGGCCAACAGCCCUUCCGUUGAGACUCCUACCGACACCGGCAGCUCUGGGUUCUUUGGCAGCUUCUGGGCCUCGAAGAACAAGAAGAAGAUGGCCGCUAUGGAGCCGCCACCGCCCACUCUGAAGGCUUCUGCCGCCCUGUCCGAGCGCGAGAGCAGCGAAGUUGAAGUUAUCAAACUGCUCAUCACAUCGUACUUCAACAUUGUCAAGCGCACCAUGAUUGACAUGGUUCCCAAGGCCAUCAUGUACACCCUUGUCCAAUUCACCAAGGAUGAGAUGCAGCGCGAGCUCUUGGAGAUGAUGUACCGCAACAACGAGUUGGAUGAACUCCUGAAGGAGAGCGAUUACACCAUCCGCCGGCGGAAAGAGUGCCAGCAAAUGGUAGAGAGCCUAUCCCGCGCUAGCGAGAUUGUCAGCCAGGUUCAGUGAGUGCCAGAGUUGGAUGGUUGAUUUUCACUUUCAUACACCCGGUUGCUUUCUGUUGUCCUGGUAGCCAGUCUUUUUGGAGGGGCUCAGUCUCUUGCGGGGAGUUGAUGAUGCCUUAUGUUUAUAUUUUCUUCUGAUGCAAGAAUUCCACGGCCGCAUGGUGGAUGAACGGUUGCCAAGAUUUGACGAAUUUGUAUCGCCUAAUGACUGCGGAUGAUUGCGGCUUGUUUAGAAUUGAGACCAUUUUGCAGAUUAGCAGUUGCAAUGUAUAGUAGCUCAAGGAGGGAACCCGUACUAUUCAGGUUUGAUGUUCAG